CUCUGUCGCAGACUGCCCCAGGCCCUGGGCUUUCUAGUAUCCCUUAGAUACCUCACAUGGCUCCCUAUGCAAUCUCCCAAUGCAGCGUCGCCGAUGGCGCCGCCCUAGCCGCCAAUAACAUCCCCGCUUUCUGGGCUGACCCGAACUGGGUCCUGGCCUGGCGCCAUCGGACUCUCGAGUACCAUAUCUCACAGGUGGCCCUACGCUUCCCGCGCAACAUGCUGAACGACCGGGAGACCUUGCGACAUCAGAAAGCAGUGGAUCUAGAGACAGGUCGCAUAGUCGGCUACGCCCGAUGGAGCCUGCCACCGUCUCAUGAGAUAAACCCAGAUGAUGGCACGCCGACAUGGCCUGAGGCCCAGGUCCCAGCGGUCGAGCCUGAGAAGGAGGCAGAGAUCCGACGGCUUGCCGAGACUGCUAUCUGGGAUCCCAACGAAGAUGCCGACGUGCUCUCGGAAGGCGUCAACGCGCUCAAGAAGGAAGUGACGCCAAAGACACCGCAUAUAAGUCUGAAAUAUCUUGCUGUGCAUCCUGAUAACCAGCGGAAAGGAGUCGGGAUGGCAUUGGUGAAGAGCGGGAUGGACCAGGCGGACAAGAUGGGGUUAGAUAUUUUCGUCCACGCUUUCAAAGAGGGAGCUGAACUGUAUAAACGAAUGGGGUUUCGGCUCCUAGCAGAGAUCGUUCAGGACGACUCUGCGUUUGGUGGCAGUGGGGAGUAUGGUGCAUAUUUCCUCAUCUAUGAGCCUGGAUCGAGGACGGAUUCUGCAUAAUUCCCGGUCUUCCGACUACCUAACACCAUCGAAUGUCAUUAUGCUAACUAGAGCACAGCAACGCCAUCUUGCUAUAUAUUCACUUAGUUAUCAUGCUUCCAAGCGACGGAAAGUACAUAGUACUGGUCGGGUUUCUGAGCCGG